GGAGUAAAAGAAGUUAGCGAUAGCGAUAUUCGUGUUGUGGCUUCGCGAGGUAAAGAGGGGUCAAAUAUGGGAGGAGUUCUCUUUCAAGUUCCAUACGAGAGGAGAGACUGCAAAGAGUAAACCGCGGCGGUGGUGGCCUGCUCACCUCAGGUGUUUUCAGGUGGCAGUCGCCCAGCUGAGUCGCUCAGCGAAGGGCUCACACAAGCAUUUUACUACUUUAGCCACUUUUUAAAAAACGAAAUACACCAUCAUCGCCAAUUUAUUCUCGCACGUUUUCCACUUAUUUCCACGUGCAAACUAUAAACAACAACAAAAAAAUUUUUUUUCCCCUCGAAAAAUUUUUUUUCCUUCCAGAGCUUUUGCAUUCUUCCCAGAGUAUUUUCUUUUCCCAAAAAAAAAAAUUUUUUUCCAAAAAGGACUUUUUUCAAUAAAAAAAAAAAUACUCGUUCUCCACGUGAGUUAAUUUCCGGUUGAGUAAGCGAAAGUGAAGGUUAAAAAAAUCGAAUAUUUUUUUUUACGAAAAAUGUGAUUUCCGAUCACGUUGCAAUAACAUAGGCGAGAGACACGUGCGUUUGUUAUUUAGAAACGAGAUGCUUUUAAGUGUAAUUUGUGCACGGAGGGGAAAAAAAAUUGAAAUAAUAACAAGAACGAAGUGAAAUCGAUUAAAAAUCUUUUUUAUCGAUCGAUAAUUUUUUUUUUAUUCCCGAAGAAAAAGGGAUUGAAGAAAAAAGACAUUGAAGUGUUUUUUUUUCUCUGGUGGAUUUUAAUCAAUAUAAAAAGUGAACUGGAAAAAAAAAUGAAUGGCACGUGAUAUGGGCCGAUAAAGAACGGGAGCGAAAGGAUAAGAGUGUAAUAUUGUGAUGAUCGUUAAAUAAAUCGUUAUUUAUCGAAAGGGACUUUCGUGAAACGUGCUUUUGUUAUUUGUGGUCCAUUUAAUAAUAAUCAUCAUGAUGGGGGAAGCGAUACGGGUUUCCGGUAGAGCACCGGAUGUUGGGGAUUUUCUGAGGGAAGCAAUGCUGUCUCAAAGAUUCGCCGAUGUUGCUCUCUGCUGUCCCGGAGGUCCGAGAUUUCUUGCUCAUCGCCUCGUUCUCUCCGCAGCUAGUCCUUAUUUACAGGAGGUCCUAUUGGCGCACAGUAAAGGCGUCGAUUAUUGCGAGCCGAUAACAGUAAUUCUGGCGGAAGUCGAGGGACCGGAAUUGGCAGCAAUAUUAGGUUUCGUCUACACCGGAAAUGCGACUGUACCACGUCCAAGACUGAGCGCUUUUCUCAGAGCCGCCGAAGCACUUCACAUUCAACUGCCACCACUGCCAAUGGUUAUGAAAAAUGACUGCAAACCCGAGGACAUAAAGGACCUAAAAAUAAGUACAAAAUAUCUCGAGUGCGAUCAAUAUCCAUCGAACGAAAAAUGGUAUCAUCGUCCUCGACGUACAAUUCUUUCGCACGACUACGAUCAGAAUUUAUUAAAGAAAAAACAGGAGACCCUCUAUUCCGCUUAUGAUGAUUAUACAAAAGCAAAUUCACAAAUUUAUCGCAGGUCAGACGAUCACAUAAAAUAUCGAAACAACUUCUUCUUCGAAAGUCCAACGCCCUAUUGGCAAAUGAGUCACGAGAAUAUUUUAACCACAUCAACGGCAGUUGCAGAGAGCGAGCAAAGAAAUAGUCUCCUUCCCGAAGACAUGCGAUCGGAUUCAAUAAAAAAUCAAAUCCUCUACUCACAGGAGUCUAGGUAUUGUGAAAGUUUUAUUGGCAAGGGACACGAUGAUGUACCGUCCUACUUGUCGUCGAAAAGACCCAGUGAACCAAUUUCAGAAAAUGUCGAUGCACUUAAGAUGAGAAUUUUCAGUGAGUCGUGUAGACAGUCUAAUUGCAAAUCAAGAGGGGACGAUAUGCAUCGUUUGACUAGCCUUGGAAUUGCCACGGAUACAGGCUAUCACGAAAGGAAUGAUGACAAGUUCUUGGAGCAGAGAGUGCCACCUUUAUAUUAUGGCACGACGACCAUCGGCACUUCCAGUAGCAUCGAGAGGCUUGAUUAUUCACAAACUGGUGAGGAUCUAACGUGUGGUGAGAGUUGUUGUAGGUGGAAACCUCCCAGGAGACAUGUCGCUAAUCAAGUCACCGCAUCGCCAUGGAGGCAACUAACGAGGCCUCAUCAUUCGCCUAAAAUUCAACCUCAAAUACUCCCAUCUCACCAGGAAACAGAACCAAGUGGAAAAUUGCAGCAUCAUCUACCGGAAGUACAAUCAACCGAGUCGCGUUCCUGCAGUCCAACAAACUCCCCAAAACCAUUUGUCCCAGUCAACAAUCAUUAUUCCGAACAAGUGUCAACAUCGCCUGAAAAAAAAUGCCCAAGUGAAGAAGAAUCACACUUGCCAUGUCAGGAUAGAAGACAGGAAUUUUAUUUAACUCCCAUUUCAGGACCAGUUGCUCAACCUGUCGUACUCCCUACAGUUAUUUCAAGAACAUCACAAGCUUUUUAUCCAAAUACAAAUCAAUUGCCAUCAACUAGACAAUUUUUAAACAAUGACUCUAAUACCACUGUUAUCCUCACUACAACAACAACCACCACCAAUGCAACAAAUACAACAAAUACAACAACUACAAGUGCAACGACAAAAACAAUGCAAAAUUCAUCGCCAAAUCAAGUGAUUCGUCCAAAUCCAAAGAAAGCCUACUUUGCCCAACAGAAAAUUUGCUCAAAAACAAAUUCUCCAAAACCAGAAAUAUCUCAUCCAAUUAGCAGACUCUGUGAUUCAAUAAUAGAAGCAGCGAAUGAUUCAAUAGAAACAAAUAAAUCUCAUCACGAUGUGAACAUUGAUGCCGAGGGUCAGUGCAGUGAGAAAAUGACAAUUGCAACUGAAUCCGUUCGCAGUGACAGUAAUAAUAACAAUGAGGCAUCGAGCGAUCAAUUUAAUCGUGGAAGAAACAAUAAUACCGAUGAUCAUCGAUGCGAUCAAUGUGGCAAAACUUUCGUGACGAGGGCAUCAUUAAAGGUCCACAGCAGGACGCACUCAGGUGAGAAGCCGUUUCGUUGUGCCGACUGUGGCAAGCAGUUUUCCCAGUUACGGAAUUAUAAGUAUCAUCGAAGCGUACACGAAGGCACCAGGGAGUUUGCAGCCACUUGUCCGGAAUGCGGGAAAUAUUUCAACGAUCGUGGCUACCUCAGCUCCCACAUGAAGAUCCAUCGCAAUCGAAAGGAAUAUGCGUGCGGCGAGUGUGGCAAAAGCUUCAAUCAACGUGUCGCCUACAAUAUGCACGUCAGGAUUCACACCGGUGUCAAGCCGCAUCAAUGCGAACAGUGCGGUAAGGCUUUCUCAAGGAAAAUGCUACUCAAGCAACAUUUAAGAACACAUUCGGGCGAACGACCCUACGAGUGUCAAGUGUGUCACAAGGCGUUCGCCGACAGGUCAAACAUGACACUACACACGCGACUACACUCGGGUCUUAAACCCUAUCAAUGUACACUGUGCACCAAGGCAUUUACCAAGAAACAUCAUCUGAAAACACAUCUCAAUUAUCACACUGGUACGAAGCCGUAUUCGUGUCCCAAUUGCGGUUUGAGAUUCUCCCAGAGCAGUAAUAUGCGAACGCAUUAUAAAAAGUGUACGAUUAAUAAUCCUAAUGGUGUGAAAAUAAAUCAAAGUGAAAUUAUCGUCGCGCCAAAUGGUAUUAACGAUUCGAAGAGUUCGAAAAUUUUAACGGUUGUUAAAUCGCCUGCCACUGCACUUACGCCUCCGAAUUCUGAUCAGGAGUCAAGUGUUGUGACUCCUUUGUCGAGAACGCCUGUAUAAGGCAGGGAAAUUAGCUAAUUCAUUUCACCCUCCAUUCGGAAUUUAUGAGAAAAGCUAUUAUCAUUUCAAAUCAUUUAAAAUAUUAGAAUAUCUUUUAAAUGAAUUCAUUUCAGGGCUCGAAACAGUGAAAGUAUUUAAAAAUAGUAAAUACGGACUUUACGGACCAAAAAUUAAAAAUUACGGACCAUUUACAAACCAAAUAUUACUGACAAAAAUAUAACCAGUCUGAAUCAAAUAAGAAAACAUUUUACUUAAAACUAAAAAAUAAAUAUUCUCAUAACUAUAAAACGUGAAUACAUCAAACAAGCAACAUAGUCUUCGACUCGGAGUGAUCGAUAUCUUCAUGUUUUAUAAUAAUUAAAAAUGACCGACUGAUAAAAUCAUUAUUUUA